AUGGUGGAUUCGCGAUGUCACUCUUUCGAGGAUACUUCUUCCACCAGCAAUCACCACAUAACACUAACCUCCUUGUCCCAAUCCGAGUCUUCCCAAGAUGGUGGAUCUCUCAUAUUCACUGAAUUUGCAACCAUUAAUCUACGAUUAACCGACUCACCAGCCAGCUCUCAGAACUCUCUGCUCCUCAGACCAACGAUAAAAGCUGCCAACAUUGUGACGCACUUACAAGAGAACAGAGGCGCAACCUCUCCCCCCUCUGGCUCUCCACAACGAGGUCGGAGGCUAUCCAGGGGGACGCCAAAUGGGAAUGCAUCACGAGCGGCUUUUCGAAGUCCGAUCUCGCGGGACAGGUUCAUUCCAAAGCGGGAAUUUGGCAAUCAAUCGUCAACGUCCUAUCGUGUGAAUAAAUAUCCAUACCAGCUGUCUCCUCAAGAAAAAAUCCUCAGGCAGCGUCUUCCCGGAGAAGACCCGUUUCUCUCAUCACCUCGCCAGUCUCCAACUUCUCCCAGCCAGAGGUCAACCCCAACACGGCCUUCCCAAACACCACACCACCGGCCUCAUCUUGUCACUGAUUCCCUUGCCUUGGGUGGUGGUGUUGCUGGCAAUGAAUUCAUAAGAAGAGUCAGUGCAGGGGCUGUCUGGGGUGUUGGCGGAGCUUCUGCAGUUCUCGGACAGCCUCCGAUGGCCAUGUCAAAUGGGACGCGGAGCAUCUCCAGUCGAGGCGGAGGAUCUCCGGCUUUUAUGGCAAGAUUUUUGCCCAGAAUUACACGCCAUGACGACCUGAACAAGCAUGAGUCAAGACUUGCACUCGCCCUGGAUAUUGACCCGGCAACUAGGCUACUAAGUACAUGCGCAGCCCGUGAAGAAAAGUCUCCCAGUCCAGCAUCACUAAACUACGAACGAUACUCGCCGUUUGUGUGGAAGGAUAGUGCCUGGAAGAAAGUCGAACGGGCACACUGGCCGACGAAGCUUUCCAGACAAGAAGUCGUUCCACCCAAACCUUUUCGGAUCUUGGAUGCGCCUUUCCUACGAGAUGACUUCUAUUGCUCGACUCUGGCCUAUUCAUACACAGUUGGAGUGUUGGCUGUGGGUCUCGCCCAGUAUGUCUACCUCUGGUCCGAAGGCUCGGCUCUUGAUCAUCCACCAUUUGGAGAUGUUCAUCCCUCAAAUUACGUGACCUCUCUUUCGUUCUCUUCUGAAGAUGGAGGUCGGAGCAUCCUCGCCAUUGGCCGUCAGUCUGGUCAAUUAUCUCUCUGGGGCACCUUUGAGCCCAAGGUUCGCUUCGAGAUCAGCCAUCCCAAUAGCAUUUCUUGCGUCUCAUUCAAGCCCAAAACCACACGGAGAAUUUCAGAAAGAUACAACAACGUGAUAGUCAACGCAGAAGACUUGGCUGUCGGGGACGAACUGGGCAGUAUCUGGUACUACUCGGUUGAGUGGCCGGAGAUUAGUAGUAAAUGGAGUUGGACAGGAUCCAUGACACUGCUUGCGAAGAUCUCGGCACACUCCCAGCAGAUAUGCGGAAUGGCGUGGUCCCCAGAUGACCGUCUCCUUGCCACGGGCGGCAACGACAAUGUCUGCCUGCUGUUUGAACUGCGUGAAAUUGUUCAUUCAUCUUUCACUGACGCUUCCACGUUUCCCGUAUCAACUGAUUCAUCUGGUGGUGUGGGCGUACAUCCCACUCCAAGCCUUAAUCUGGGUACUAUGCCGCGACAAUCGCUUAACCGACAGCGUAUCGUGAGCGAUCUUCUCCCAUCAUGGUUUCACUCGCCACCUAUCAGGCCUUCUAUGGCAGCUCCCCUUCUCAGCCACGCAGGCACUCUGAUAUCCGGGAGGGGUAAAACUGUUUUGAUUCCUUCUAACCGCCAGAAGUACCGCUUGUUGCACUCGGCUGCAGUCAAGGCAAUUGCAUUUGCACCGUGGCAGCCAUCGCUACUAGCAACAGGAGGAGGGUCUAAUGACCGGUCAAUUCGAUUUUGGCACACUCGGACAGGAGUUUGUCUCGCGACAAUCAACGUAUUUGCGCAAGUGACUAGUCUGAUCUGGAGCCAAACUCGGCGUGAGAUCGUUGCAACCUUUGGAUACGCUCAGCCCGAUCACCCAAUCCGGAUCGCCGUCUUUGCGUGGCCCAGCUGCGCCCAGGUCGCCGUCAUUCCUUGGGGCCCGUAUGGAACCAGCUGGGAUGGACCCGAACAACCCAGCUACGACUGUGGACGUGCAUUAUGGGCAGUGAGCUAUCCAGGGCGAGCUCCUCGACCGCCGAGCAUCACACCAGAUAACUCUGACAUACUCACUCCACCGGCAUCGCGAUCGCCCACUCCUUCGCCGACACGAUCACAAUCUACAGAGCGUGGAAGUGGCCCGACCACCAGACGGCAGAGAAACUCGCGCGCCGUUCGGCCAAAGGAGAAAGAGGGUGGGAUGUGGUGCUCGCGUACCAUGCAAGAGGGAUGCAUUAUCGUCGCAUCCAGUGACCAGACCGUCAAGUUUCACGAAGUCUGGACGGGCCGUCGCACGAGUACUGGAUCUGCUGCGUAUGGCCUCUUCGGAGGUAGUGAUAUUCUCGAAGGCAUGGAGGGAAUUGAGAAGUUGGGUAAUGAAGUCAUUCGCUAG